AUGGUGGUAACGCUCGACGGAGAUAGCCGCAGCUCCACCGUCCCAUGGUUGUUUCUACCGUUCAACGUCGUAAAAUACCUGAAGGCUAUUGUCGUCCCACCUCAUCCGCGACCCUCUUCAUUCUCAAACCAAAAUGAAAUUCAAUUCAGGAGAAAAAAUCGCCGCGAUUGUUUGUUCUUGACAAACUGGAAAUUAGGACAGGGGAAGAUGAGAAAAAUUUCAGACUCACUUUGCCAAAAACAAAAAAUGGACGCCGCUUACCUUAUGGCUACCGAAAUCCACCUUCAAUCGGAAUUGCUUGGUUGUCCUUUGUCUUCUGGGUAA